ACACGGACACGGACACGGACACGGCCGCGGUCGGGCCGGGGCGGGCGGGGCCGGGAAGCGCCGUUGUGCAACGGCUCCGCUCCGCUAUAAAGGGGGGGCCGCGGGGAUGGAGCCGCCGACGGGACCGGACGGGACCCUCAGGGCGAGCCAGGCUCCUCGGGCCGGUUUUGGGUCUCCCCCCCCCCCGUGUCCCGGUGCCGGUGCCAUGUGGGGCCCGGCCGCGCCGCUGUGGGCGCUGCUGUGCCUGGGGCUGCCCGCGGCCGUGGGGCGCCCCGUGGGGCUGGACAGGGUGCGGGUGGACGCGAGGAACCUGAUCCGCACCCUCAGCACCCGCCUCCAGCGCCUGCAGCUGUUCCCGCUGGGGGUGCAGAUCCGCGGGCUGGGGGCGGUGCUGGAGGGGCCGCCCCCCCCUCCGGGUCUGGGGGCCAUGGGGCAGCGCCUGCAGCUCUUCCAGCGCCUGCUGGGGGCGCUGCCGGGAGGGGGCGCCGCGGGGGGGGCGCCGCUGGCGCAGGUGGCCUCGGACCUGGAGACGCUGCGGCACCUGCUGGGGGCCAUGGGCGCGCUCCUGCGCUGCCCCCCCCCGCCGCCGCCGCCGCCGCCCCCCCCCGCGCCGCCCCCCGGCCUGGCCGAGGCGCCCCACACGGCGGCAGGGGUGACCCUGGCCCGGCUGCGCCGCUGCCUCGAUGCGCUGGAGCGGGGACUGGAGGCGGGGGACAUGGGGUGUUAG